AUUCCCAUUCCCCACCAAUUAAUAUCAGAUGACUUUGGCAGCAGCAACGGUAACAAAUGGCUCUAGCAGUAGCAGCAGCAGUAAAUGGCUCCAACAGUAGUAGCAGCAAAGCAGAUGGAUCCGGCAACAACAGAGCAAAUGCAUCCAACAGCAGCAGAGCAGAUGGCUUCGACAGUAGCAGAGGAGAUGGAUUCGGUAGCAAGCUUCGACAACAACAGCAACAAAGUAGAUAUCUUUGACAGUAGUAGCAGAGCAAAUGGAUCCGAUAACAGCAAAGUAGAUGGCUUCAGUAGCAGUAGAGCAUAUGGAUUCAACAAUAGUAGAGUAGAUGGCUUCAGCAGCAACAGAGGAGAUUGAUUCAACAACAAGCUUCGACAGCAGCAAUAGCAUAAGAAACUGAGAAGGUGAGAUGAAGGUGAGAGAUGGUGAGUCGCAAACAAAGAGAUUAAGAGUGAGACUGUGAGUGAUGAGAAUUAAAAUAAAUUAGGGUUAGGGUUAAAUGUAAGGGAAUGAGUUGGGUUGGAUAAUAAUGAGUUAAGUUUAAUUGUAAUUGGAUUUGGGUUUGGGUUUGGGUUUGAGUUUAAAGAAUAAAUUAAUUUUAAAAUA